AUGACGAUGGCGCCACACCCCUGCACCUUCCUCCCCCGUCUCGCCGCCGCCGCGCGCUCUCUCUCCGUCUCCGCCCGUCCCCGUCCCCCACCGCCCUGUCCCUCUCCCACCGCCGCCGUGCCCGCCUUCACUCCGCACGCCUUCCACACGCACCUCGCAUCCGUCGCGCCGCACCUCCCCUCCCUCCUAGCCGCGCUCUCCCGCGCCCGCGCCGCGCGGCUCCCGCUCCUCCCGGUCACCCGCGCGCUCGCCGCCUCAGCGCUGCUCCGCCACGGCCGUCUACCCGACGCCCUCGCACACUUCAGCCUCCUCCCGGACUCCGACCCCACCUCCCCUCUACCCGCACCGCUAUGCAACUCCCUGCUCGCAGCGCUCGCGUCGUCGACUGGGUCCAUCGUCCACGCGCGCAAGGUGCUCGAUAGAAUGCUGGCGGGAACUGUCGAGCUGGACACCGUCGGGUUCGGGGUGUUCGUUAAUGCCGCAGGUAGGAAAGAUGGCGGACUGGCCGAAGUCCUGCGCCUGGUGGAUGUGGUGGGCUGUCAAGGGAGACGGGUUAACAGGUCGGUUGUGGUGGCAAUGGUUGUCGACGGUAUGUGUAGGGAGGGACGAAUUGAGGAUGCUUGGCGUGCUCUGGAGGAGAUGAGGCUACGUGGGUGGAAACCAGAUUUCGUGGCCUAUAGGAUUGUGGCCGAGGGGUUUAGGGUAGCGGGGAGGGUGGAGGAAGAAGGAAGGAUCUUGAAGCAAAAGAGGAAGCUCGGGGUUGCACCUAGAAAGGACGAGUACAGGGAGUGUGUGCUUGUGUUGGUGUCCAACAGGCUGGUUACAGAGGCGAAGGAGAUGGCCGAGGCGGUUGUGUUGGGAGAUUUCCCAAUUGACGAUGAUGUGCUGAAUAUUUUGGUCGUUUCAGUGUCUGAGAUUGAUGCCGAUGGUGCCACCAUGUUCUGCAAGUUCAUGAUGGGGAAGGGGAGGUUUCCAAGUACUGAGAUACUUGUGCACCUUUGUGAGAGUCUUUGCAAAAGUGGGAAGGGCGAGGAAAUGUGGGAGAUUUUUAGGGUGCUUUUGGACAAGGGGUAUUGUAGAAAUGCAAGGGAUUACCAUUUGGUGGUGUCAUUCUUAGGGAAGGCUGGGAAGGUUAGGGAGGCAUAUGAUGUGCUCAAGGAGGUGAAAAAAAAGAGGUUAGAGCCUGACAUUUCAUCAUAUAACUCUCUUAUGGAAGCGCUGUGUAGAAAUGACCUUCUUAGGCCAGCCAAGAAGUUGUGGGAUGAGAUGUUUACCAGUGGGUGUAACCCAAAUCUUCAGACAUACAAUAUACUCAUAACAAAGUUUACAGAAAUGGGUGAAAGUGAAGAGGUCCAACAACUCUUUGAUCAUAUGUUCCAGAAAGGAGUGGCUCCAGAUGGUGCAACAUACACGUCCUUCAUCAAUAUGUUGUGCCAGGAAAAUAAAUAUGACCAGGCCCUGGAGAUCUUCAAGAAAUCUUGUAUGCAGGAUGCUGGAGUAGCUAGUUCCGUGCUGAGUAGUUUUAUACUUGCACUCUGCGGACAAGGUAAUUUCAAAGUAGCAUUGAGUGUUAUGUGUAAUGUUCCAUCUAAUGUUGAGAACUUGAAUUCACACAUCAUCUUGCUGAAGUAUCUAACCGAUGUUGGGGAAGUGGAGAUGGCCAUUGAGCACCUAAAAUGGAUUAGGAGCAACUGCAGCUCUAAUUUUGAGAAUGUAAUGAAUGAGCUCAUGGCUUCUCUAUCCACAUCAGCCAGUCUUCAACAUGUGACAAAGUUGAUACAGUAUUUACACUCACAGAGGCUUGUUGAUGAUGCUGACCCAUGGAUGAAGUUAAUGGGAAAUGUAUAUGCUUGA